CUUGGAGGCAUUGACACGCUGCGUCUCCCGCCAAAGUGCUUCCUGCCGCCGUUGGCUAUCCUGGGAUCAACCGGAACGCGUGAGAUCGUCUCGCGAACCGAGAGCGGAGAGCACCGUGCAUAUUUCGCGAGCCCGCUUCUUUUACGCUCCUUUCAAACAACCACUGUGGCCGCUGCAAAUGGUAGCGCCCAUCCGAGCGCUGCGACCACUGCAUUGCACCAAUCCUCGUCGAAUCAGCGGGUUUUUGGCUUCGGCUGCUGCAACUCCGCCUUUGACUCUGCGUUCGUUGCCUUUUGCAGUUGGCAGAAGAGGUCUGCGCUCGCUCGCCGAACUUGAAACCCUGUCUGACGCUCCAAAGCACACGACGCAUCGGGCCAGCUCGUCAAUCUCGUCAGCUAUAGGCAACGGGAAGAACUCCGUGUCGCCCAGAAUGGCUUCUUCAUCCGCUUCGGCCAAAGCUGCUGCGGCCAAUUCUAUCAUCCUGACUCUCUCUUGUCCCGACCAGCAAGGCAUCGUGUACCGCGUGACUGGUUUCCUCGCGCAGCACAACAUGAACAUCCUCGACUCGGCGCAGUUCGGCGACCCGACGACACUGCGCUUUUUCAUGCGCGUACAUGCCAGUGGACUCAUGGGCACCAGCGCCGAUGCUGCGGCUCAGGCGUCGCCGGAGCGGCUCGACAGCCGUCUUGCACAGUUCCGAGCGGAGUUUGAGAAAAACUUGGCCAGCGAGCUGAAGAUGGACUUCAAUAUUCAACGGGAAGACCAGAAGCCACGGACGCUGAUCAUGGUGUCGAAGAUUGGCCACUGCCUAAAUGAUAUCCUCUUCCGCAUCUCGGCGGGCACGAUGCCGAUCCAAGUUCCGCUGAUCGUAUCAAACCACACAGAGUACGCGUCGCUCGCUGCGUCGCACAACAUCCCAUUCCACCACCUACCAAUCGACGCGGCUAGCGGAAAGACCAAGGAGUGGCAAGAAGCCGAACUGAUGAAGCUCGUAGCACAGUACGACAUCCAACUCGUCGUCCUCGCGCGCUACAUGCAGAUCCUCUCGCCCGCGUUAUGCUCGCACCUGUCUGGGCAGAUCAUCAACAUCCACCACUCCUUCCUGCCCUCGUUCAAGGGUGCAAAGCCGUACCACCAGGCCUACGAGCGCGGCGUCAAGAUCAUCGGCGCCACCGCACACCUCGUCACUGCCGACCUGGAUGAAGGGCCAAUCAUCGACCAGGAUGUCGAGCGCGUCGGGCACGCUCACGCGCCGAGCGAGCUCGUCAAGAUCGGCGCGGACAUCGAAGCGCGCGUUCUCAGUCGCGCCGUCCGAUGGAUGGCAGAGAGACGCGUGCUUGCCAAUGGCCAGAAGACCGUCGUUUUCGCCUAAAGCCCCCUCCCUUCCACUUCCAAUCACGACGUUUAUAGCCUCAACCACAGCCAGUCCCCUGCAAGCUGCUCCGCCGCCUCCCUGUCGCAUUUGUACUAGACUACGUGCAUUUUCAUCUACACUUGAAUACUGUACUUUUAUGCAAACACAAGGACAAAGUCGCGUUC